AUGAGUCAACUACCAGAAGACACAAUAGAAACAAUAACACAAACCCUCAAAUUAUACAACUCAGUAAAAAUAAAUGAAAUAAUAAUAUUCACUAAAAACUUACAAUAUAUAGGAACUUACCCUGAAACCAAAUCCAAAAAAGAUGAAGAUGUUAAAAAAUUAAAAGAGUUAAUUGAAUCAAUUGGUACUAGUGAGAAGAAAUUGGUUAGUUUCAAAGUUAAUAGUGAUGCCGAUGAAAAUACCGAAGAGAGUGGGGAAUACAUUACUCAUUUUAUGGAAAAAUUUAUUAUGGUUUAUAAAUUAGAGAAGUAA